GUUUAGUAAAUCGAUCGAAUGGCAGGGCUAUGGCGGCGCCAUUCAAUGUGUCGCUCCAUGAAUUAUAGGCUGCUGGCCUCUCCAAACUUCACUUUUUCAAGUUGAAUGCGUUUACCUUCAAACACGAUCAGCUUCUCCUAGUUGCACUUGCUCAGUGACAGCUUCGACACCUGGAUAGAUGCAUAUCCCAGACAGGAGCAGAACCACAGAGAGCAUGCCAACUGAAUCAAGCCUGCCAUGUCCAGAUGGGGCCAACAGUAACUGUGCCAUCUGCGGAGACAAAGCCACAGGGAAACACUACGGCGCCGCCAGCUGUGACGGCUGCAAGGGUUUCUUUCGCCGCUCCAUACGCAAGAGCCACAUCUACACUUGCAGGUUCAGCAGGCAGUGCGUCGUCGACAAAGAUAAGAGGAACCAGUGUCGUUUCUGCAGACUCAACAAAUGCUUCCGAGCUGGCAUGAAAAAAGAAGCCGUGCAAAAUGAGAGAGAUCGGAUCAGCUCAAGAAGAAGCAUUCCCGACAAUCAAGACCUCCCGCCCAUCACAGUUUUGGCCCAAGCUGAAUCAAUAUCUCAACAGAUAAGCGCUCCAGUUGGAAUAGCAGCUCAAAGAGAGCAGAAAUCCGCCACUGUCGCCGACGUGUGUGAUUCUAUGAGACAGCAACUACUGGUUUUGGUGGAAUGGGCCAAAUACAUUCCAUCCUUUGGAGAACUACCGCUGGAUGACCAGGUGAGCUUGCUCAGGGCACAUGCAGGCGAGCACCUCUUGCUGGGAGUGGCCAAAAGGUCGAUACCAUUCAAGGACUUCCUGCUUUUAGGUAAUGGCUGUGUGAUACACAGGAACAGUCCGGAACCUGAGCUCUGCCGGGUGGCAAACAGAGUUCUGGAUGAGCUGGUCCAACCUUUCCAGGAUAUUCAAAUCGAUGACAAUGAAUACGCUGCACUCAAGGCCAUUGUCUUUUUUGACCCAGAUGCAAAGUCUUUGCGGGACCCUUCCAAAAUCAAAGCCACACGUUUGCAGGUUCAGAUGAGUCUGGAAGACUACAUUAAUGACCGGCAGUAUGACUCGCGGGGUCGUUUUGGGGAGCUGCUACUCCUUCUGCCCACUCUGCAGAGCAUCACCUGGCAAAUGAUCGAACAACUGCAGUUCAUUAAGCUCUGCGGUCUUGCCAAGAUUGACAACCUGCUGCAAGAGAUGUUGCUGGGAGGCCUGACGUCGGACAACACCCACUUUCACCAUCCGGCACACGCCCAGUUAACCCAGGACCCUGUAACAGGACACGCUUUGCUCAUCAGUACCAUGCCUGUUGCACACACCCAACAGAUAGCCUCUCCAGACACCCCCAUCCCAUCACCUCCUCAAGGUCAAGCCCCCGAGAUGUACAAACACUUUCCCCAGCCCGUUUGUCCUCCAAGCAGUCCUUCACCUUCCAUACAGACAGACCCCUGACAUGGGAUCACUGUCUUCUAUUACAUCAUGCCUUUGCUCUCAAUCAUAGCGGACAAAAAAAAAAGAAAAUGGAACCUCGCCCAGUAUCUGAGGUUCAAAGAGUAAGUACACUGUCCAAGAUUCAAUGUGCUGCAUCGUUAACUUUACUGGUGAAUGCACCAUCAAUGUAGCAUUUGAAUACACGAGUCGCUAAAAAUAUCAGCGCUCACAUUGGCUACUGACAUCAUGAAAGCUACACUGACAAACUCCUCUGCUAUCAAAACACUAAUGCGGUAAAAGGGUGGAGAGAAGUCAGAGUGAAAUAAUGCAUGUUCGCAAUAUGUAUUGGAAUAUUUUCAUAUUUUUUACGUUUAUUGUACAUAGCAACAAAGAGAUUUUUCGGGUGAUGUAAAUACAGUGUACUAAAAAAUAUUGACUGAAAUCACUCAAAUCAACUGUUUAUUACAUUGCUAGCUUAUUUUCCCUUGGAACCAAUGUCCAUCAUAAUUUAUGCCAUGUAGAUAUCACCCCUUCCACAAGAAACAGAACCAAGCAAAAAUUGUUUUGAGUGUUGUUAAAUUAGAAAAUGUUCAUACUCUUUCGACUACAAUAUACGAUCAUAAUGAGAGGUAUGCCUUUGGAAUAUUUUGUUUACUUAAUAUGAUAUUGCACACUG